AUGGCGUCCUCGUCCAACCCCUACGAACAUUACAAUUCGCCCCAUGUCGAAGAUGACGGUGAUCUAAUAGACCCGGAUGACGCCAAUCUCGACGACCUAGACGAUCCCCUCCAACACACCACCACCCAAUCCUCGCGCGCCCCUCUAACCGGAAACAUAACAUCCUCUCAAUCUUACCUUACAUCACGGAUACCAGGCGAAGACCGACGGGCCUCAGGGAACACCAUCGACGAAUCGGUAUGGGAAACCUUACGCCGGGAUCUCCUGGCCGUGUGGUCGAAGAUGCGAGAGGUGCUCUACCCGAAAUAUCUCUUCGGGGGGAGCAUGCUGGACAACACGACGUCGAUCCGCGGCGCGUAUGCGAAUCUUAGAGAAGCGGGACUUCAGGGUGCGAGAGAGGAAUUGGUGGGUCUUGCGGGCCGAGCAAUGGAUGCGGAUAAUCUGCUUGCCGGCGGUGGUAUGAGUGAGGGGCUGAAGGAUUGGGAUCUUUGGGGCCCAUUGGUGUUCUGUCUGCUGUUGAGCUUGCUGCUUAGCUUUCGGGCGUUGGAGGAGCAGAAGAGUCUCGUUUUCAGUGGGGUGUUUGCUAUGGUCUGGAUCGGUGAGGCAGUUGUUACGAUGCAGAUUAAGUUGCUGGGUGGGAAUAUUUCCUUUGCCCAGUCAGUUUGCAUCAUCGGCUACACACUCUUCCCCCUCGUCAUCGCCGCCCUCCUCUCCGCCCUCGGUAUCCCAACUAUCCCUCGGAUUCCUGUCUACCUUUUCCUCAUUGCCUGGUCGCUAGCUGCUGGAAUCAGCAUCCUCGGCGGAUCUGGCGUCGUCAAAAACCGCCUCGGCAUCGCCGUUUACCCCCUUCUAGUCUUCUAUUUAGCUUUGGGCUGCUUGUGCUUUAUUAGCUGA